AUGGGCAACAGCUUGUCUACAUGCUGCAAGGGCCGAACAAGAGAUGGCAUAUACGAACCCGUGCUGGCAGACAGCGAACGGGAAGCAGUCGCAGAUCUUCUACAAUACCUCGAAAAUCGACAUGAAACAGACUUCUUCUCCGGUGAACCUCUUCGAGCACUCACUACCUUGGUUUACUCGGACAAUGUGGAUCUACAAAGGAGCGCCAGCUUGACUUUUGCUGAGAUUACCGAACGAGAUGUCCGAGAAGUCGACCGAGAUACCCUCGAACCCAUCCUCUCCCUACUACAGAGCCCUGACAUCGAGGUUCAACGGGCAGCAAGUGCUGCGCUGGGCAAUCUGGCUGUCAAUGCCGAAAACAAACUGUCCAUCGUCGGUCUCGGAGGAUUGCCACCCCUAAUCCGACAAAUGAUGUCACCAAAUGUUGAGGUUCAAUGCAAUGCUGUCGGUUGUAUCACCAACCUCGCUACCCAUGAGGACAAUAAAGCAAAGAUCGCCCGGUCCGGGGCUCUAAGCCCACUUACAAGGUUGGCCAAAUCGAAAGAUAUGCGAGUCCAGCGAAAUGCAACUGGCGCGCUGCUCAACAUGACACAUUCAGAUGACAACAGGCAGCAGCUGGUCAACGCCGGUGCUAUUCCAGUUCUCGUUCAGCUCCUCUCCUCACCAGAUAUGGAUGUCCAGUACUACUGCACGACCGCCUUGAGCAACAUCGCCGUGGACGCCGCGAACCGGAAGAAGCUAGCGCAAACUGAGUCCAGGCUAGUACAAUCUCUUGUUCAAUUAAUGGACUCGGGAACGCCCAAAGUCCAGUGUCAAGCCGCCCUUGCUCUUCGAAAUCUCGCUUCGGACGAGAAAUAUCAGCUCGAGAUCGUUCGUGCACGGGGAUUACAACCACUUUUACGACUUCUUCAAUCCUCUUAUUUACCCCUCAUUCUCUCCGCCGUUGCAUGCAUCCGAAACAUCUCCAUACAUCCUCUCAACGAGUCACCCAUCAUCGAUGCUGGCUUCCUCAAGCCUCUGGUCGAACUGCUAGGUUCUACUGAUAACGAAGAAAUCCAAUGUCAUGCCAUCUCCACCCUCCGAAACCUUGCUGCAAGUUCAGACAAGAACAAGCAGCUUGUGCUCGAAGCAGGUGCUGUCCAGAAAUGCAAGGAGCUUGUCUUGCAAGUACCUUUGAGCGUACAGUCCGAGAUGACUGCAGCGAUUGCUGUUCUUGCACUCAGUGACGACUUGAAGUCACAUCUACUGAACCUUGGCGUUUUUGAGGUUCUCAUUCCUUUGACUGACUCUGAGAGCAUUGAAGUACAAGGCAACAGCGCCGCGGCGUUAGGCAAUCUCUCCUCUAAAGGUAACGCAUUUCUGUCCUUUGGGUUCCUUCCUGUGCUGAUAUUCGUAGUUGGUGACUACUCGAUAUUCGUUCGGGACUGGACUAGUCCCAAUGGGGGCAUUCACGGCUAUCUCAAGCGAUUCCUGGCCAGCGGCGACCCAACUUUUCAGCAUAUCGCCAUCUGGACUCUUCUGCAACUACUGGAGUCGGAUGACAACAAACUCGUCAGCCUUGUCGCCAAAUCGGAAGACAUCAUUCAGAUGGUCAAGACGAUCUCUGAAAAGAAUAUCGAAUCAGACGAUGAAGAUGCGGACGAUGGUGAAGGGGAGGUAGUGGCCCUCGCUCGAAGGUCGUUGGAGCUAUUGGGGAAAGGACCAAAGACGACGCUUGUUGAAGGCUAA